GUAAGGCUUCCUGGUUUCAUAAAAUUCGCUCAAUAAAGUUAAACAUUUAGUUUUUUUUAAAGAUUUAAGAUUUUCAAAAAAGUGAUUACUCAGACACAGCGAGUUUCAGGCAGACAAUGGCGGAUUUUAAACACGUGACUCUGCUAUGUCUGGUCAGUCUCGUUUUAUUUUGUACAAUGGAAACCUGUUUAGCAAAUGUUGAUGACAAAAUGGUACCAGGAACAAUGUUUAUACAUCAAAAUUCAAAUGGAUCAAAAACGCAGGAAAGAGGACUGGAAAAUUACAGUUUUGCUCCUGGAAUGGUGUCUGUCGAUUGUCUCCGCUGUCUAUGUCUGAAGAUGUCAAACUGUGAACCGGUUGGGUGUAAAAUAUUAGGAAUAUCAUUACAUUGUGGCUACUUCCGUUUAUCUCGAGCUCAGUGGGAAGACUGUAAGACUCUUCCUGGUAUACAUUUUGACUGGAAAGAAUGUUCAAACAACCUUGAAUGUGCAUCACAGUGUAUUCAGAACUAUAUGGAAAUGUAUUUAGAGGAAUACCGUUGCGAACUCACGUGCGAAGGGGUGUCACGUGAUUACUACGCUGGUCCAAACGGAUGUAACAACCCGAGGACAAUAGAUUUCUGGUAUGCUGUGCAAGAAGUCCCCGGGUGUAAAGGCGUCAAAUAAUUGACAAUGAAUUUAUCAAUGUAUGAACAAGAAUUGAUUGACUAAAACAUAUUUAAUUCAACCGACUCUGAACUUCGUAAUAUAUUUUCCCUGCUUUUAAAAGGAUUUCGAUUUCACUAUACUAUUAACGCAUGAUCAUGAAUAUAUAUCAUAAAACAAUGACGACAAAUUUAAGACCUUACAGUAUGAAUUAAUUCCACGCAUUCAAACUCCAAACAGUGAUUUUUGGAGCAAUAAAAUCACAGUUUGGGAUAUAUUAUUUAUUAAAUUCAAUAUUCAUUUAUGAGGUCACCACUCCCAUCUGACGUGUCUCGUUCAAAGCACUUUAUUGCUCGGCGCACUUCAUCAGUUGUAUUUACAGAAUCGAAUUUCGCGAAAACAGGAUUAUCAUAUAACAGUGGUUAUCGUAGUAAUUUUCACAUCCUGGAUCAGAUGUAAUUUUCGCUCCCUGGAUCAGAUUAAUUUCCGCUCCCUGGAUCAGAUGUCAUUUUCGCUCCCUGGAUAAGAUCUUAUUUUAGCUUCCUUGAUCAGAUGUAGUGUUAAUGCUAUCUGAUAAGUUCUUAAAAUAGUCAUUUAACUCCUGCACAGAAAUAUUUUAGUUUAGUAAAUUUUUGUCUUGGAAAAAUGUAUCCAAAAAUCACCUCUAAAGCGCUUCAGUUCCUGUGAUCUUUAUCAGUUUACCCCUAUUGUGCUUAUUUUUUAUGAAAGAUUUAUAAAGCCCCUUUUUAACAUUAAUGAUCCUGUAUGUUCUGAUCAAAGUGGUAAACCACACUUAGUGGAAAUAUAUAUAUGUACAUAAUUAUGCAAAUAAAACAAUGUUCAAACAUCGAAGAAUAUGUACUGCAAAUAUGUGUGCAUAUUACAAGUAAUCAUUAAAAUAUAUGCAUUCAUUUCCUAUUGUAAAAUUUGACUUAAACUUUAUAGAAAAUAAAUUUUUUAUUACCUCCCUUUAUUUAAAUGAAAUGUUAAAUUCGGUAAAAUCUUAAAACCAUAAAAAAUUGAGUUACAGGAUCUUUAACUGGUGUUUAUUUUCAUUGGUCUUCACUUCAUUGAAUAAUCGUAAUGCUUCCAAAUACUCUAACUUUUUUUCUCUGCACGAGUCAUCAAACCAAUCUGAUUUUUUCAUCACUUUUAUAGUGUCAAAUUGUAUAGUUUGUUUUCUAUCCGGCUAUAUCGAAAAUGAUUUCUAAUUUUUGAAAUUCAUUUCGCUAUAACAAAAUAAUACAACCACUAUUUCGGUGUGCUUUUUGUGUUAAAAUUUGCAAUAGAAAUUGUGUUACUCACAUCCUCUGAAUUUUAUAUUACUAUGAUUCUAGCAGAAAAAAAUACCUUAGCUAGAAACAAUUAAUGUAUAUCCUCUUCUUUCCCUGAAGAUAAGCCAUUACAAUUUCAUACGGCAAUUGAAGCUACACCUUCUUUAAUCUUAUGUAAAAUUGUAAGAUGCAUAAAAAUCUACAUAACUCGUACAAAACAUUGAAAGCAUUUUACUCGUGCUUACUUCCCUUCCAUUACAAAUUUGAUGAACAUAUUAAAAUGAUGCCAUUAAUUAAAGAAGUAGUCCGAUGGAUCAAACUUAUCAGCUUCUCGAAACUAUUAUUCGCAAUAUUUCAUCAAAACAUAUUUGGGUUUUUUUCCUGUAAUAACAUACCUCGUCAUAUUGAAAAAAAAUGUAUUUGGUCAAAGGUUAGAGGCAAAAUGUCAGUAACGUGUACGUCAAUUAAUCCAUUGUUAUCGAACUAAGGUCUAUUAUGGCAGGCCAUCUGUUUGAAGAAAAGAUGGUGGAUUAACUUAAAGAUUGUAGACCUACUUUGGAUUCCCGGAAAGAUUAUAUAACAGAAAGUACUAAUUUGUUUAUAACACUGAUGUCUAUCACUCAUUAAAAAAAAUGGCAGUU